AUGCAAGCACGGUCGAUUGAUAACCAGGGGACCUACAUUGCUAGAAUGGCUGCUAGGACGGUGCUAGAUGAGCUGAAUGUGCGGCGGGGCACGCCAUCGUUGGUGGCGCCGGCGCGGGCGACGCCACGGCAGAGCAUGGCGUUGUCGGACAUCGACAACCAGCCAGUCAUGUGGUUCUACAGCACCGUGAUCCACCUCUACCGAGGCGACCCGUCCAAGGGGCUCAUCGACCCGGCGUUGGCCGUGCGCGCUGCGCUGGCGGAGGCGCUGGUGCACUACUACCCGAUGGCCGGUCGGCUGCGCGAGGAGGCCGGCCGGAAGCCGGUUGUGGACUGCGCUGGGCAGGGCGUCAUGUUCGUGGAGGCCGACACGGACAUCGCCAUCGAUGAUCUCGGCGACGUGCGGUACCCGCCGUUCCCGCGCUCCGAGGAGUUCAUCUACGACGACCACGUCUACAAGGCGCCCCCGCCUGGCGUGCCGCUAGUGCUAGCUGCAAUCAUCAACCAGCCCCUGCUCUACGUCCAGGUGACACGGCUCAAGUGCGGAGGCUUCACCGUCUGCCACCAGAGCGCCCACUGCAUCAGCGACGCCGCCGGCUUGGCGCAGUUCUGGAAGGCAGUCGGCGAGCUCGCCCGCGGCGCCAGCGCGCCGUCCAUGCCGCCCGUAUGGACCAGGGAGAUUUUCAACGCGCGGCAGCCGCCACUCCCUAGCUUCCCUCACGACGAGUACCGGGAGCCUACGGACGUUUGCGACGGCGACCGGAUCGCAUCCACGCCACAGCGCGACAUGGCGCGCGUCCAGUUCUCCUUCGGGCCGGGGGCCAUCGCCGCGCUGCGCAGCCGGGCCGCGCCGGGAGCGGCAUCGGCGUCUCAGUUCGACCUGGUGGCCGCCUGCGUGUGGCGGAGCCGCACUGCGGCGCUCGGCUACGCGUCCGGGGACGAGGUGCAGCUGAUGAUGGCGGUGAACGCGCGCGGCCGGCGCAUGGACGUGUUCGGCCGCGAGAUCCCCGCCGGAUACUAUGGCAACGCGUUCGCCUUCACUGUGGCGCGCUGCGCUGCCGGGGAGCUGUGCGGCCGCGACCUUGGCUACGCGGUGGGGCUCAUCAGGGCGGCCAAGGCGAGGGUGACGUACGAGUACAUGCGGUCGGUGGCGGACUUGAUGGUGCUGGAGGGCCAUCCUGUGAUCGCGAGGAAGCGCACGUUCGGCGUGUCGGACCUCAGCCAUGCCGGGUUCGACGAGGCCGAGUUCGGGUGGGGAAAGCCCGUCUAUUCAGGCGUCACCACGGACGCCCACCGCGGCGCCACCUUCUUCAUCCGAGGCAAGAACGAAAAGGGCGAGGGCGAGACGUUCGUCGGCAUCUACCUCCCAGCAGACUGCACGGGAAGGUACCGGAAGGAGGUUUUGGCCCUCACCACCAAGCUAGAGCCGCUUAUGGAGAAAGCAUCGUCAGCUCCACUUGCCCCGCGAGCCCGCUAUUAA